AUGCCCGUUAUAGCGAAAUUGUUGAGCUCGGGUCUAGGCCUCACCUCGGAGGCCAUUCACAAAGCCCGAGAUGGUUCCUCGUCAAACCGCCCCUCGCCCUCACAUUCUGCAUCAAGCUCCUCCGGGCGACCUCCCUACGAACAAUCAGGAAUCGACACAAUGGAUUUGGCAGAUCACCAUGAUGGUCAAGGACAGGACGAGGCUGUGUGGGAGCUUGACGAUAUGGCGGAGCGCCUGAGGCCCCCUUCAGAAGAAACUCCUGGAAAUGAAUCCGAGGAAGAAAAAGUCAAGAAGAGGGAGGCCAUGGUCCGCAGCUUAGCCUCAAUGGCUGGCCCCCCGCCUCGGCCAACUCAGCGGCUUCCCUGUCCUGUAAUUCUUCCCCAAAGACGUCCCAGGCAGAAGGAUCGCGGUUUCGUACGUGCAUAUGCCCCGAUCCUCUCCGACUGUGGUAUCAGCCAGGACGUGUUCAUUCGAUUUAUAGAAGAUUUGGACGCCGCCAACAAGGCAUCAAAAUGGUUGGACGCUAUUUUUGUCGCCGCGAGCGUCGUUGGAUUCGUACCAACGGUAUCAACUCAAGUUACCGGUCUUGUCGUCCAAAUCAUCGCCGGAACAGCUCGCGAGUUUCAGGGACGAUCACGCGGAAACACAUACCUCGAUAGAGUCAACGAAGAAGUCUUUAUACCUCGCGGCCUCGUCGCAAUGGUGAUGCAAUUCAAGGACGAAGUUCCCGGCCAACAAUCGGGUCCUCUCGGUGCUUUAUCUAGCUCAAUCCAGAAGACCUUCUUCACGAAGGAGAGGCUAGACAUUGACCAGACAGCGGCAAAAUACGGUAGCCCGGAUCCCAAUAUUUCUAGGAUGAGCCAGGGAAUGAAUAAGAUGAGACUUACGAAUGGGAAGACAUAUGGUGUGGCUGAGUUGCCAGAGUCAGCGCCAUUGGUGUACCCUGACUUGGACCAGGCGAUAUACACUCUUGCUGCGGAACAUACAGGAGGGGAUCCUCAGACGCAAAGCUCCAAGUCUUCAGGUAUAAUGGCCAAGUUCAAGAGUGCCGGAGAGUGGACGAAUGACUAUCUCGAUCGAAGGUCACACGCAUUUUAUGAAGCAGAGAAUCCGGGAACAUCCCUCUCUACAUCAGCUGACAAUCGAGCGCCCAUGAAGUCGCGCUUCAAUGACCCUAACCAUGCGGCUAAUAGCGGCUCCAUCAUUUCUUUGCUCACAGGCGGGCAUGUUGCGACUCAAGGCCUACCUCAGAGACUGGCUGCCAGGAGAGAACAAAGGGGAAAAGCCUUAGGCAGACCAUCGCAUGGUUCAAGGCCCGGAGGCUUAUUAAGACAGAAACCUGUGAAGAAGCUGCUCCAGAAGGAUGUGUUCUAUCUUUUAGUAGUCAACAUUCCCAGUCAAGAAGAGAUUCAACAGUCGGUGGCUCAGCUGGAACAGAUUAUGGGAUCAGCCGCCUCUAAUUCUUUUUCACGUUGA